AUAAAGCGCUAGUCGGAGAUGAACAAAAACAAAAACUAAAACGGUGCCAGCGCCAGUUGGCAUUGUGCUGUCCCGUGGACUCCAUUCGUCGAGCGGGCGACAGAUUACGGUAAACCACAGCCAUUACAAAUAGGCAAUAACAGCGGUAACCCCUACGCAGUAGGUGAAUGCAGUGAUAGCAGCAGUGACAAAAUGCAGUUUGUGGCUACCGAACACCAGCACCGACGCCUCAAUCCAUUGAAUGGACAGUGGGUGCUUGUGUGUCCGCAUCGCAUGCAGAGACCCUGGUCUGGGCAGGAGGAAAAGCCGCAACUUAACGAACAACCCGAAUUUGAUCCCACUAAUCCGCUCUGCCCGGGCGUGAAGCGACCCAAUGGCAUUAUAACGGAACGAUAUGAUAGCACCUAUGUCUUUGACAAUGACUUCCCCGCACUCUUGGAGCAGGUGCCGUCGCCACCCGCUAGCGACGAUCCCCUAUUUCAAGCAGCGCCAGCGCGUGGCAAUUGUCGCGUCAUGUGCUUCCAUCCCAAAUCGAAUUUAACCUUGCCAACCAUGAGUGUGAUGGAAAUCCGUGCUGUUAUUGAUGAAUGGAUUAGGCAAUUCAAUGAACUGAGUGGAAAGUAUGCCUGGGUGCAGAUAUUCGAGAACAAAGGCGCCACCAUGGGUUGCUCGAAUCCGCAUCCCCAUUGCCAGAUCUGGUCCUGCUCUUUCCUGCCCACAGAGCCGCAGCAGAAGCAGGAACGAUUACGCGCCUACUAUGCCACCCACGAUCGGCCUAUGCUGGGCGACUAUAUGGAGCGGGAACUGCAGCGCAAGGAACGCAUUGUCAUUGAGAAUCCCGAUUGGCUGGUCGUGGUCCCCUAUUGGGCUAUCUGGCCUUUCGAAACGAUGCUGAUAUCGCGCAACAACAAUAAACGGAUCAACGAUCUAACCGACAAUCAGCGCCACAAUUUGGCAGUGACCAUCAAGCAGCUGACCACCAAAUAUGAUAAUCUCUUCAAGUGCUCCUUCCCCUACUCGAUGGGCUGGCAUGGUGCGCCCACUGGGCCAGAGCAUGCGCACGCCUCGAGCGCCCACUGGACACUCCAUGCCAUCUACUAUCCACCCCUUCUCCGCUCAGCCACAGUGCGCAAAUUUAUGGUCGGAUUCGAGCUGCUGGCGAUGGCACAGCGAGACUUAACACCGGAGCAGGCGGCACAGCGACUGAGGGAUUCGGACGGCACAAAGCACUAUCUGAGCAAAUGAUUUCAAUAUUUCCA